AUAUAUUUGCGGCUACGAUUUACUUGCUUUAUUCGAUGACAAUAUUUUAUAUAAAGUAUUCGCUGCGUUCAUCUGAGUUUUUCCUUUUACUUCAAGUAAAUGAUAUGGUUUGCAAUUAUUCCAUCCAUUCUUAACUAUAUUGACAGUGUCUUUAGCAGUAAGACUACCGUCUCUUUGUCUUUUAUUGUUCAUGUUUAUCAACAGCUAGAUCAGUUAGUGGUGUAGUUUGAUAAGAGAGAAGUCAGUGAUGGAUGCUCCGCCCGUCACUGGUGGAACCAUCAAUAUGAUGGAGUAUCUGCUGCAAUGUAAACUAUCAAUUUAUCAUUGGAACCUCAACUGGUUAUGGCCAUUUCUGCCUUAUAGCUUCUGUGCAUUCUAACUUCUAACUCUUAAAAAUGUAUUAUGUGCUGAAGGAGCAUGGUAAUACCCUUUUUCGGCAUGGUACAUGUUUUUUUUUUGGACAUGUGCCACAUUAUUACAAUUUUGUUCCUUGAGCUAUCUUGGAGUAGCAUUUCCUUCUGAAAAAAAUUAAAAUAUUUAUAUAUAUAGUAUAUAUAAAGUACAUUCCUUGAAUAAGGUUAUAAAGUAUUAUCAAGGUCAUGAAAUAUGGAAAUAAAGUCAUAGUAAUAUAGUGACUGUAAUUUUUCUAGUUAUGCCAGGCUGUAAAUUAAUUCAGAUAAAAUAAAAACAGGCAGGUCCCUAUAAAGUUUAGACCAUAAUGAUUAGUCAUGGGGGUCUGCUGCUGCUGCAACUACUGCUACUUCUGUGUUUUAUGGCAGUUGGCAAAUGAACAAAAGGUGCAUUUCUGCCACCUACUGAUCUGGAUUGUGAAGCCUGUGAGGGGGAAAAAGUGUGAAGACACUGAUCAGCCACAACAUUAAAACCACUUACAGGCUGUGUAAUGGACCAGUCUAUGGAGAGUCUCUUACAUCGACUCAGAGGUUUGUGUGAUAACAUGGAGCCUGAGAGCUUUGUUGAUUAUGAGCUGGUGUAUCUACUUAAGGGUCAACGGGGCAUCCCGUUCCUCCUGCGUGCUCGCCGUUUUCUUCUCCACCCCACCGCACCCUGGCAUCUGCGCUACAUGGGCCAGCCUGAGGUGGGUGACAAGAGCUUGCACAGCUUGCCAGAAUUCCUCAACGAGAGAGGCUUCUGCAUGGACCGUGAGUUUGUGGCUAAGGGCAAGGUGUUCCGCAAGGGCGCCAUAAUGGUGAGCAAACUGUCACGUGUGCUGGUGGUGGGAAACACGGAGAACACAGAGCCGCUGUCUCUGUCGUAUCUGGUUGAGCUGAGUGUGCUGGCACCUGCAGGACAAGACAUUGUCUCUGAAGACAUGAGGAGCUUCGCAGAGCAGCUGAAACCUCUGGUGCCCCUGGAGAAGAUUGACCCCAAGAGACUCAUGUAG